AAAAAAAAUUAGAAAAAAAAACGCUGAAGCUGUAUGUAUCCUGAUAUUGAUAAGGGCGAAGUCCAAAGUUCUCUUCCAACUCUCCGCCACCGCUCCACCGCCUCCUCUCCGCUUUCCGGCCGCCUUCUUCUCCGCCUUUUCCUUGUUCUUCACUUGAUGGAUUUCUUCCUCUGUUCUUGAGGAAGCGGCGUCCUGGAGAAUCGACUCGGAGUUAAGAUUUGCGAUUUCUCCCCGAUUGGUGAAGUGCGUCUUUGAUCGAGGGCUUCAGAUGAGCCGAAUCUUCGUCUGAUUACAGGGGAGGCGAUGCUUCGAUGGGUUUCCCGAAUUUGAGAUUUUGUUUUUAGCUGUGUGAGGUUAGAACGAAGGAAAGAUUCGGUGUAGAUGCUAACGGGAAGUAACUCGAGAGAAGAUAUAAUGGACCUCGAUUUGAAUCAAGAGCCUUUGGAGCAAUCUUAUGAUUCAGUAAUAGGGUUAGACUCCAUACUGAAUGACCUUGAAACUGCUCAUGGACGCAUUGAAGAACGCAUCCGGCAACUUGAAGCUGUUACAACAAGGGCUACACGACGACAGAGAUGGCGACAUGCUCCGAAUUUUAUUGAACCUGCUGACUCUGCAGCAGCUGAUACUCACGUUGAAAGACAUGAGACUGGUGAUGAUAGUACUGCCCAGGAAAGAAUAGUUCAUUCAGGGAAAACUAGCAAAAAGGAUGGCACUAAAUUGAUAGCCAAAGCAUUGGGGAUGGAUACAGAGCCUAAGGCCACUGGGAACAAAAUGGGAAGUUUUUUCGAUUGUAAUAUAUGCUUGGCUGUCGCAAAGGAUCCGAUAUUGACAUGUUGUGGUCACUUAUUUUGUUGGUCUUGCUUUUAUCAAUUAUCUUAUGUUCAUUCAAAUGCCAAGGAAUGCCCUGCAUGUCAAGGUGAAGUUACAGAUACAAGCAUCAUUCCUAUCUACGGCCAUGGGAAUGCUAACCGUGCUCAGAAGUCAAAACGAAAUGACUCUGGUUUGAAGGUUCCUCCCAGGCCUCGUGCUCAGAGGAUUGAGAGUAUGAGGCAGCAGAUUUUAUUGCGAGGGGCAUCUUCUUCUCUCAUUGAAGAAAGAAUUCAGCAAAUUAGCAACAUGAUUGGUGCAAUGGGGGAGCAGUCUCGGGCACAGAAUUUUGAUGUUACACAUGGAAGGACUGAGAGGACUAAUCUGUUGGGCCGGAGGCGUCGUUCUUCCUACGUAUUACCUGUUGUUGAGAACGAGAGCAAUCAGCAAAGCCGAUCCCUUCAAGUUUCUAGGUUACUAUUGCAAGGUGCUGCCUCAUUUUCAUCUCUUUCAUCUGCUUUAAAUUCUGCAAUGGACUCUGCUGAAAGAUUAGUUGAGGACCUUGAGACAUACAUUCAUAAUCAUAGUGCAAGUAGAAGCCGCCCACACUCUCUUCCUAAUAAUCCUAACAACGGAGACGCCUUGUCCGGUAUUCCUGCGACUGUGCGAUCAGAUGGCAUGACUCCAGAUCCUGCUGGUGGGAUCACCUUUAUGGUUCCCCAAUACGAGUCAUCUUCUAGAAGUAUGGAUAUCGCGAGUAAUAUUGAUCACCUAGGAAACCAGACCAGUACUGCUACUGAAUUUAAUCGAACAAUACUCCCAUCUUCAUCGACCAGGCGGAGAAGUGAGUUACCACUACGGUCAGAUAUGGACAAUGAAAUUUUACAGGAGGCGAGGAGGAGAAGAUUGGGAUAAUCAAAUUGAUAGUGAAGUUCUUUCUCAUAGUUUGAGCUAUUUGUUUACUUUCACUCUCUUUUUGUAAGUUAUUGAAUUUUCUUCAAUCCUGGGAAGAUCCUUGCUCGUGUGAAAUCCCAUAUAAAUAACUGCUAGCCUAAGAAGUUUGAAUGUCCAUUAGCUGGACAUAUUGAAAGAUUAUGAAGUGGAGCGAUCUCGUCAGCUUUCCAACCGCAGCACACUUCUGUCACCACGUGGCGAACCGGGUUGUUUCCAUACAAAAUAUGCAGAUUCGAUAUCGCUGGUAAGCCUUGUAAAAUAUACUACACACCUUCUGCAAGUUCCCCCCCUGUCCCCCCCUCCCGGUAUCGAAAGUUUUCCUGUGGCAUAGAUAGAAAGUGCUGGUUUUGGAAAGUACUGAAUUCAAUCUGUACCUUUUCUUCUGAAAUUCUUUCAUUGAAGAGAAAAGGUUGUGUUCGAUGGAAAACCUUUGCAUUUGCAUCUUCUUUGACUUUUAUGUCACUAUUUCAUUGA